AUGUAUCCAUUAAUAAUACUCGAUGAAUUAAUUAAUCGUUGUCCUAAGCUAAUUAAUGAAAUAGGUCGAGAACAAUUGACUCAAUUCAUUCUUAAUCGAUCUCAUUGUUUAUUAUCAAACUCAAACUCUGUUGUUUGUUCACUUCUUGAAAAAUUUUCAUUAAAUACCAAUUAUGAUUUAAUAAAAGAGAUUUCGUCGAUGUCUAUGAAACAAAAUAAAAAAAAUCAUCGAACACAAGUAGAAAUAAUUGAUUGUGGACCAUCUGGAUUAUUGUUAGGUGCAUUAUUAUUUCGACCAAGUAUUGAUUCAAUUAUAAUUGAAGAACAAUCUCGUUCAGAUGUUGAAUCAAAUAUUCGUGCAGGUGUUCUUGAACAAUCAAUAAUUGAUUUACUUGAUGAAAUUGAUAUUAAUGAACGAGUUUUAAAAGAAGGAAUUAUACAACGUUGUAUAAAUAUACAAUUUAAUGGUGAAAGAAUUAGUGUACCAAUAACAGAAUAUACCGAAGGAAAAGUUUCAACAUUUUAUAGUCAAAAUCUUGUUGUACAAGAUUUAAUCGAAUCGCGGUUAAAAACAAAUCAAAGGCUUUGGUUUGAUGUUGAAUAUGCUAGAAUUGAACGACAUGAUAAAACAGAUGAUGGUCAACGUCCUUUAAUUAAAUUUCGUCGUCGAAAUAGUAGCAAAGAAGAAUUCAUUGAAUGUGACUUUAUAGCUGGAUGUGAUGGAGGAGCAAGUAAAUGUUGUCGUCAUUCAAUUCCAAAAGAUGAAAUUCGUACAAUUAGAAAAAGUUAUCCAUAUUCAUGGUUAAGUAUUCUUGUUGAUAGUCCACCUGAUGGAUACGAAGUAGUCUAUAGUUUUGAUAAAACAGAUGGUUUUGCUCUUCAGAGUCUUCGUUCUCCAACAAAGAGCCGUUAUCACUUGCAAGUUUCUGUUGAUGAUAAAUUAGAAGAUUGGCCAGAUGAAAGAAUUUGGUCACAGUUGAACAAACGAUUAACAUUAAAAGAUAAAUCUUGGAAAUUAAAUGAAGGAGCAAUUAUUCAUGGAGCAUUAUUUCCAGUAAGAACUUCGAUGAUAACUCCAAUGCAAUACAAACGUUUAUUUUUAGUUGGUGAUGCUGCUCAUAUCGUUCCUCCAAUUACUGCUAAAGGUCUUAAUGUUGCUGUUAAAGAUGCUCGAAUAUUAGCUGAAGCAAUUAUUGAUGUGUAUGAUAAUAAUAAAUUCGAUAAAUUAAAUAAUUAUACAGAUAAAUGUCUGAUACAUAUAUCUGAAGCUGAAGAAUUUGCUACUUAUAUGACAUCACUUUUACAUAAAUUAGAUUUAUCAAAUGAAAAUAAUGAGAUUAAUGAAUUUGAAGAAAUUUUACAACGAGCACGUCAACAACAAAGUCAACAAUCAAGUGCUUUACGACGUCUUAUUGCUCAAAUGUUUGUCAGCUUAAUUAACUUAGAAAACAUAUUACAUUGUUAA